UUCGAGUGACCGGGUUUCGAGCAUGCUGGAAAACAUCAACAUAGCGAGACUCGAUUCGUUAACGCAGGUUUUCAUAAGAAAACGCUCAGAGUUUAUACGUUUCAGUGUUGGAAGCAGAUAUCAAAGGCACUUGAAAGUCGUGUAGAACGGGUUAUUCACACCUGCAUUUGACUUUUGUGUCAAGUAUUGUGAAAACAGCUUCGAUUGUUCUCGAACUUGGCCUUGGGUGACAUAUACUUCCGCAUUGGGAGCGUCAGUCAACAAGACACCCACCUGCAAGCCGCAGCAUGUCUCUCGAACGGAUUCUCACUCCAGCUCUACUCGACUUCCACUACUUCGAUGAGAUCUUCGAGGAAACACACCGAGAAGUUGCUAAGAUGCAUCAAGACAUGCGAUCAGCAAUGCUUCGGAUUACACCGCCCGACCAGUUGAUGGAAGGCAAUAACUCGCACACACAAAGAGUGGAGGCAUUUAGGAGGACUGUUACAACUAACGAGGACGGCAGUCGAGAAUUUCUUCUGAAGCUGGACGUCAGUACAUUUAAACCAGAAGAAAUUGUACUGAAAACUGACGGAAAUGAACUCUCAAUCGAAGCCAAACACGAGGAAAAGAGUGACACUUCCCGAGUAUUUCAUCAAUUUUCCCGCCAUUACACCCUGCCGGAGGGCACGGUGACCGACGCGCUGGCCUCGACAUUAUCUAAAGAUGGCGUCCUGACGGUCAAAGCCCCUGUUACUGCCGACAACGCAAUUGAAGGACCAGCGGCCAAGAAACCAGCCCUGGAGAUCCAGUGAACAUCCUUUGAUCAUUAUGGAGGCUAUUUGGGGCCAUAUUUUGACAAUAAUUUAGUAAGCUACUUUUAGUUUGGUUAGCCAUGAUAUUCGCACUUUAGUGGCUGCUAUGAUAUAUCAUUUUUGCUUUAAAAAAUAUCUUGUCCGCUAUCUGCAUAAGGCACGUACUAAACAUACUUGCUUAUUGCCCCAGGCAGUUCAUUUCAGUUAGUGGGGUUAAAAACAAUGAAAAUGAAAGUUUGUUUACAUGCUGCAUGUGAUUUAUUGUCACUAAUAUUGUUAUUACCAGUUUUACAAGUAUGGUUGUUAUUUACAAAGACAUUGUUCAUUGCUAGUUUCAGUUUUUACAAUUCAUACCCAAUUGACAUUAUUAUGUUAACCUUGAGCUAGGAAAUCCACACUGAAAUAGGUUUACUUCAUUUUGAAUAUUGUACAAGUUAAUAUCACUAGAGUUCAUGUGUUAGGAGAUGUUGGUAUACGUUCAUACGUUCAGAAUAAAUGUUUUGGACCAGA